AUGGCGCCACUGAUCUUAUAUCAUUUUCCACCAUCGGCACCGUCACGUGUCGCAUUGCUUGCUAUUCGUAAUCUCGAAUUGGAUGUAGAGGUUAAGGAAGUGAAUCUCUUCCAAAAAGAGCAGUUGUCGCCUGAGUUUUUAAGAAUUAAUCCACAACAUUGCGUUCCAACCAUUGAUGAUAAUGGCUUUCAUUUGUGGGAGUCGAGAGCAAUUGCACAGUACUUGGUUGAAACGAGAGCACCAAAUAGUACAUUAUAUCCAUCGAAUCCAGCAGAACGUGCUGUUGUUAACCAACGUCUCUAUUUCGAUGCUGGCACUCUAUAUCCGAGAAUUCGUGCUAUUGCUUAUCCAGCACUAUUCUUAGGCGAAAAGAACAUUGCCGAUGAGAAGCGCAAUCAUAUUCACGACGCAUUUCUUUUGAUGGAAAAUUUCCUAGAAGGUCGCAAAUGGUUUUGUGGAGACAACAUGACAAUUGCUGAUCUUUCAAUACUCGCAUCUGUGUCAUCAAUCAUUCACAUUGGAGCUUCAUUACAUAACUAUCCGAAUAUGAAGCGCUGGUAUGAGUUGUGCUCGACGGAUGUCAAAGCUUUUAAGGAAAAUGAUGAGGGAGCAAAAUUGUUUGGCGAACGAGUCAGAACUUUGUUGGAUGAUAAAUUUUAA